GGAAAGGGAUAGGGAUGGAUCUUCUGGCCUCGGGGCAUGAAAAUGGCCUGGGAUGCCCCCUGUAAUUUCCAUUCCUGUGGGACCCCCUGCCCUGUGCCGGCAGAGCCCCCGGCGGCCCGGGAGCCGCCGCUGGACCCAUCCCAGCGCGGUGCCGGAGCCAUGGGCAGCUCCUUUUCCCCCGGGGGAGCGGGGACAGGAGCGGCAGCUGCCGCUGCUGCCACUCCCGGGAAGAGUCUGGGAGGGGAAUCGGCGCGGAGGGAGAGGAGCCAUCGGCAGGAGAACAGGCUGGGAGUACCGCGGCCCCGGGAAUCCACCGCCGGGCUGCAACCCACGAUGCUGCUGUGCCGUCCCGCGGAGCUGCUGGGCACCCCCUGGGUGCUGCUCGCAGGGCUGCUGGUGUCGUUCCCUCCAGCUCUGGGAGCGACGGGAGCUGUCCACAGAGCCGCUGCUGUGGGAUCCUCGGUGCUGCUCCCUGGGCCGGAGAACGUCACCCACAGCAAUUCCACGCGCUGGGAAUUCCUCAAUGGCACCGGCCCCCACCCCAUCCUGCAGCACGAGGGGGGGGCCCACGCCCCAGCCAUCCACGCUCCCUAUGCAGGACGAGCCGUUUUCCAUCCAUCCAACGGAUCUCUGCUGCUGGAGGAUGUCCGGGAAAGUGACAGUGGCACCUACAGAGUGACUGUCAACACAGGAGACAGGAAGAGCCUGGAAACCCAGCUGGAAGUGCUCCUGCCCGUGUCCCGCCCUCAGCUCCGGACCAGCAGUCUCCUGGCUCGGGCCACUGGGCAGGUUAUCUGUGAGGUGGCAGAGGGCAGAGUGGACACCAUCACCUGGAAGAAGGAUGGGCAGCCCCUUCUCCCAGACAGAAUUUCCCAGCUGUCCAGCAGCCACAGUGUUCUGUACCUGAGGCCAGCCAAGAAGUCGGACUGCGGCUCCUAUUCCUGCAAUGCCAGCAAUGGGAUCAGCUGGCAAGAAAACUCCCUGGAGGUCACCAUCGAAGGUCUCUCCCGUCGCUUGAAGCACACCCUGAGGAUUGCGGUGAUCGCCGUGGUCUUCGCUGCUGUCACAGCGUGGGGAUUAAUUAUUCCUGUCUGCCAGUCCGAAAAGCUCAGGAUAAGGGGGGAGCUCUGGAGGUGGCUCAGCUCCUACACCUGCGGGCUGGUGUGCAUCGCCUGCAUCCUGGAUGGCACCGCUGGCAUCCUCUGGAUGUGGGAGGAAGGCCCUUCUGUGGCUGUCAUACUGCCUGAGAUCACCCUGAGCUACCUCAUCGUGGUGACUUUCCUGGUUGCCACCACCAUGAUUUUCCAGCCUACAGAUUUCAGCCAUCUGAAGAGCAAAAAGGAAGAAGGAUGCGCGGCGUUCUUGGACGUGAGCAUCCUGGUGUGCAGCGCAGCGGCCGUGUCGGCCCUCCCGCUCCUCGCCAUUGGCCUCUGCUAUCACGCGACUCAAGGCUGGAGCAAGGACCGUGAUGUCUGUUGGAUGGACAAAGCCAGGUCCUUCGAAAUGUGUCAGCAAGGCACCAAGGACACCAUUCCCUGCUGAGAUCCAUGUGGGUGUCUCCCAC